AUGUCGCGCAAUGAAGCGGUGUCGCCGCUGCGCAUCAACAAGACACCUACUCCCUCGCCCACAAAGGGAAGCGGCCGUCCCUUGUCAGAAAUCAGCCCCCAUGAGCACCGCAGGAACUCUCCCAGCUGGAACCAGACAACAAAGAAGAUUAUCCUCACCAAGGAGAGCUCGCCAUUCCGCGACUCUUCGCCUUUUACUCACAGCCCGCGUCUCUUCUGGAAGGAGCAGACCACUUCGCCCAAGAGCCGCUUCGACACGUCGGAGAACGAGUACGAGGGCAGCUCGCCUCUCUCGCCCAAGCGCAACUCCAUUGAGAACCUGAAGAAGCAGUCACGUGUCAAGAACAGCAGUAUGUUCGCGCGCGAGCAGAAACACGAGUACGAUCCCAGCUCGGUCCAACCACUCGACCGCCCACUCGCUGCAGGACGCCCUCUUAGCACCGCUAUCCAGGGCAACGCCUAUGGCGGCAAUGGCCUCCAGGGCCUGCGCAAUGAGAACGAGAGCCCCACAAAAGGUCACCACCACAGCCGGUCUGAGAGCCAAACACGGAUCCCCAUCCUGAGUCCGUCCAAGACGUCACCAGCAAAGCUUCCCACACAAUCUUCAUUCGCUUCACCAUCAAAGCCUUCUCCGUCUGAGGGCCGCAUGUCGCCGACCAAAUCUUCGCUUGUCAGCAACGGUCGCUUCAACUCGCCGCAGUACAAUGGGGACUCCAGCGCCAUCAUGUCAGAUGACGAAGAGCUCGUUCAUCAGACUCCCCGCCCACUGCGGCGUCAUGCUAAGAGUGUGACCUUCGACACAGCUCCACCCCAAAUUACAGAGUUUGAGUUGGUCACACCCGACCCUUCGGUCGCCACAAUGUCACGAGACGGCAGCUACGACUCCGAGGAGGAGACAGAAGAGGAGAUGAGCUUCGACCAGGAUGACAGCUUCGACGCUUCACUAGAGGACACCGAUAAGACUCCAGUUGUCCUGCCUGAGGACUGGCGCCACAUGAGUCCGCAAGCCGCAGACACUUCUCUGACCGAUCUCUACGAUGAUGUCUUUGACGGGCGUGAGAACAGUCCCAUGCCUUCAGCACGCCCAAAUGGCACGACCAACGGAUCGCGUGUCGGCUCAGUAGCGUCUGACAGCGAUGCUAGACCACUUCCUCCUCUUCCCGCCAUACAAGGUAGCCCCAACCGGCGGCGCGACUCCAGCAUUGGCCUUUCCGCUGCCGCAGAGCGAGUAAGCGACAGGCGGCGCUCCCUUCCUCAGCUUCCGCAAGCAGCUGGUAUCUCCAAGAGUGAUCUUCUCAGCAUGCGCGAGGUGUCUAUGUCGCUUGAGGAUCGGUUGCGUUUGAUGAACUUCGACGACGAUCGUGAUACAAGCACACCAACUCAGGAGAUGCAAAACAAGAAGAAGGCUGUAGAGGUUGACGUUGCAGAAGUGGACGUUACAGAGUCGGAGCUAACGCUUGACGAGCCGAAGAUUCCGCGUAUCUCUCGCGAAUCCAUCCUCCGCCGUGUCAAGAGCCGCACCUUUGACGAGGAUGAGGACGACGAGCAAGAGGAAGAUGACGAGGAGUACAGCACAUUUGAGCCCGAGUACAGUCCUGAGCGCAGCUAUGGCGACCUUGCUGACUUGGACCCCGAUGUCCCCAUUCCGUCACGUGAGGCCUCCUCCAACUUCGACGAGCAUCCGCGUCAAGUCUCUGUCAGCGAGGCCGAUAGCGUCGUCGACGCUUACAGUUACCACAACGCAGACAGGGCAGAAGAUGACCAUACUGAGGAAAGUGAUGUAGAUGGCAGCUCGAUGUCUCAGCUUGAAGACUACGAACGCGAAUCCUCUGUCAUUCGGCAUCCAAUGCCUCCACACUCAGAUGACGAAGAUGAUACUAGCCAAUACUCGCCUCAACCUGACGAACCGUCCAUUGUGCAGAGCACCAUCGACUCCUCCGGCCCAUCAACGCCCGUUGCCGCUCCCUCUUCCCCUGUCUCGGCAGAGAAGCAGGUGCCACAGGACGAGAUGUACUCCACAUUCGAAGGCAAGGACGUGGACCUUAGCUUGGAUCCUCUGAAGGCGUCUAUGGCGACAGCACCAAGUCCAUUGGACUCAGCCCCUAAGCUAGAUGCCAUGCGCGACUUCCUACGACGACCUGUCACGCCUGAAGCUCCCGACAUGGACGAGGAGCAGUCGGAGUCAGAGGACCCUGGUACUCCAGAUUCUGUCAUUCGUCACCCAAUGCCUGUCUCCCCGGCUCCUCAAGAGAACGCUCCAGAAGUUCCUCAACGCGAAGCCACCAUCCGAGGUGCGGGUGGAAAGUUGAAGACGCGGCCAUCGCUGAUUCCCGACGAUAUUGACAUGGCCGCUACACGCCGCCAGGUCAGUGGCCAGCAUGCUCCUCCUGUUCCUGAACGCAGUCCAAAGCGCCAAUCAAUGAGCCUCGAGCUUGGCAACGCCGACGACGAGAGCCAUGACGAAGACGAUACGCAAGUGAGCAUCACAACCAAGCAGAACCGCAUGUUGGACCUGCAGCUCGGUGACCUUAACCUUGGUGACGAUUCGACUGACCUCAGCUUCGGGCUGGACAAGGAGUUUGAUCACAUCAUUGAGUCACAAAAGGUACGAAAUCUCUUUCCUAUUCCCUCGCUCACCAGAUUGCCUGAAUCCAUUGCUGCUGUCGCGGACACAGCUUGUCAGAUGUCUGGUGGAAGCUUUAUUCAUAGGCACAGUCUCGCUAACGACAUGAUCCACGAACAGAAAGGAUACUUGAUGCGCGAAAACACAAAGGUCGUUGUUGCGAGCAGUCGCCAAUUCAGCGACGAGAAGCCUCCUACUCCUACCGAGGCGACGAGCGAGGCAGCUGCCAAGCCUGUCUCUCGUAAGACGAGCGCCGAGCGCAAGCCCGCCUGGACAAAGGAGCCCUGGAAUGGUAAGCCUCGUAGGAAGAGCAUCCGAACGGCAUCUGGUCGUCGUACUCGCACCUCCGAGGGCCCAGCGCCACCUCUUCCUGGCCAAGAAUCCGCUGUCGCUGGCGGACUAGACUCUGUUGCUGAGCAGGGAGUUGACGGCGAGCCUGAAGAAGGUGAGGAGCGCGGCCUGGUUUUCGUCAAGGUUGUUGGCGUUAAGGACCUCGACCUUCCCCUGCCAAAGCAUGAGCGUACCCAUUUCCAGUUGACGCUAGACAACGGCCUGCACUGCGUCACAACGUCUUGGCUAGAGCUUGGUCAAUCUGCUCCCAUCGGGCAAGAGUUUGAGCUUGUCGUCAUGGAUGACCUUGAGUUCCAGCUUACACUGCAAACUAAGUUGCAGCCUCCAGCGGUGCCCCAGGUUGUCGCGGCGCCUACUGCUAAGGCUGUAAAUCACAAGAAGUCACACUCUGCUUUCCGCAACCUCCUCUCAUCGCCAAAGAAGAGGAAAGAGCAGGAACGCAAGGCUCAAGAGGAGGCUGAUCGCAUCGCCCAACAGGAGCACCAAGAAGCUCAAGCCGCCGCCAAGCGUAAUCAAAAGGCCACCGCGUGGGAUCUUCUCCACGACCUUGUCGGACCCGACGGCUCUUUUGCCCGUGCUUACGUUUGCCUCAACAACCAUGAGAACCAAGCCUAUGGUCGUCCCUUGACCGUUGAUAUUCCCUGCUUCAACGAGUGGGCUGUCGACAACACCGGCGCCAGCAGUGUCAAGAGCAAGCGUGGAGGUGUUGUUCGUCGUCCACCUUACCGGGUGGGUAAACUUACCCUUCAGCUUCUUUAUGUUCCCAAGCCCAAGAACGGAAAGGAUUCGGACAUGCCCAAGAGCAUGAACGCUGCUAUCCGUGAACUCAAGGAAGCUGAGCAAGUCAAGGACAUCAGCUUCGAAGGGACGUUGAGCCAGCAGGGUGGAGAUUGUCCGUACUGGCGACGCCGUUUCUUCCGCUUGGAAGGUACAAAGCUUACCGCUUACCACGAGUCCACACGGCAACCUCGUGCUACCAUCAACCUGGCCAAGGCCUCCAAGCUCAUUGACGACAAGAGCGCCCUUCAGCAGCCAUCUGCUACAAAGUCUGGUGGUCGUCGCAAGUCCGGAUUUGCUGAUGAUGAAGAAGGCUACAUGUUCGUAGAAGAAGGCUUCCGCAUUCGUUUCGCCAACGGUGAGGUCAUCGACUUUUACGCCGACAGCCGCGAACAAAAAGAGGCCUGGAUGAAGGUGCUCUAUGAGACUGUUGGCAAAGACAUUGCUCAGAAUAAGGGCUGGGCUGCCAUGGUCCUUGAGAAGGAGCGCAAGGAGAAGGCUACGCGGUCACAGAUUGGCGCACCAAUCUCACCAACCAAGUCGCAUCCAGUGCCAAAUUCACCGAGCGUCAACCGCCGGCCUUCUCACGCACGCACCCAAUCUCACGACAUAUUAGGCUCCAUCAAAUCAACUCCGUCAAGUCCCGUCAAGGGGCACGCCCGCACACAGUCGCAUGCGCCUCCUCCACCUCUAAAGGAUGUUCGCAUGUCACACGCACCACCUCCACGACCGCGAACCCAGGAGUCAGGGAAGCCGGGACGUAGAGAGCAGGUUCGAUCGAUGAUUUUCUAG